AUAGAAUAUUUAUUUCAAACGAGAAAACAACAAGCCAUGAGCAAUGUCAAAAAAUAGCUGCAAUAACUUAAAUAAAAAACACAAUGAGAAAAAAUCUCAUUCAUCACGUUUUACGCCAAAGAUACGAGAAUAUCUAGCCGAAGUGGCAAUUGAUCGCGAUAUGGACUUGCAGCGCUUCAUGGCAUUAUCAUCAUCAUCCCCAGCAAGCAGCGUUAGCGUCGGCGCGGGAGACGCCACUCUUGGCAACAUCAGCAGCAGCUGUCGCCGCAUGCGCAGCAAUAGUUACAAUGGCAAACGCAAUUGCAGGCCGCCUGAUGUCAAAGUGCUGGAAAUACCCAUAGUGAUGGAGCUGCCUAAGAUUCAGCAGGCUAAGGUGUUGUCGCCACCGCAGCAAGCGCAUGCUGAGCAGCUGCUGUGCACGCCCAGCAAAGGCACACAGACGCCCAUUGCGCAGCUGCAAACGCGCAAGACGCAAACACCAGAGUCAGCCUUAAAGUCGCACAAACGACUGGAAUGGGAUCCAGCGGCAGAUGUGGGCUAUCGUACUGAGCGCGCAGUGUCCACCAGCAACAUUAGCACGCUGGAGCGCUCUGUACUAGAAGCAGCCACCAGCUGCAGUCGCGUAAAUCAGUCAGAAACGGAUUUGAAUCGCUUGCAGGCAGAGCAAUCGCAAAAACAAGUGACGGCGCCAGCACCGGCACCGCCUUUGGCCUCCAGCACAUUUGUAAGUCUUAGUCGCAGCUCUAGACGCGAAAGCUGUGCCAGCUCUGCCGUCAGCAGCUUUGACUAUCAGCGUCAGAGCAGCAGUCGCGGCAGCGAGAGCAGCAGUCGCAGUCACAGUCGACGUCAUACGCUCAGCGCUGAGCAGCUGCGUCAAGAGCACGAGUAUGCCGAGCAACUGCAGCAGUUGCUAAUGCAGCGACGUCAGCAGAACAAGGAGAAUCAGCAGCCCAAGCAGCAGCAGCACCAGCAACAACAACAGCCUUCCUCAGCAAGUUCCAGCUGCAGUAAUGCUGCCACACCUGGCAAGUGUGACUUGGAUUUGGGUGUGGAGCUGCUUUGUUCGCUGGUCAGCAAGCGGAGUCUUAGUCGCAGUCAGAAGAAGCAGCUUAUAAAGGAUAUAGCCAAGCGCUUAGCUUGCCUGGAGCUCAGCAGCAACAGCAGCAGUCGUAGCAAUAGUAGACUGCAUAGGGAUCAGCGGCAGCCAAUGCAGCAGGCACAGCCACAGCAACAACAGCAGCACUCUGUUGCCACAACAGUCGAAUCAACGUCUCGUAGAUCAUCCCAGGCAACAGACAUCCCAUCACAACAGCAGCACUUUCCCACAACAGUCGGGUCUACGUCCAGGAGAUCAUCCCAGACAAUAGACAUCGCACCUCAGCAGCAGCACUUUGCCACAACAGUCGGAUCUACGUCCCGAAGAUCAUCCCAGGCAACAGACAUUCCAUCACAGCAGCAGCACUUUCCCACAACAGUUGGCUCUACGUCCAGGAGAUCAUCCCAGGCAACAGAUAUCCCAUCACAGCAGCAGCACUUUCCCACAGCAGUUGGGUCUACGACCCGGAGAUCAUCCCAGGCGACAGACAUUCCAUCACAGCAGCAGCACAUUCCCACUACAGUUGGGUCUACGUCCCGGAGAUCAUCCCAGACAACAGACAUCCCAUCUCAUCGGGCCCUGGAUCAGGCCAAGGACUCGCACAUCAGCGACAAGCUGCAACAACAGCAGGCAAAUCAGCGUCAAGUGCAGCAGCAGCCCCAACCUCCAACCACCUGCAACACUGCAAGUCAAGCGCAGCCAACGCUGCAGGAUAUUGCCACCAACACCUCGCUGCCAAUACCAGCGCCACGCACACGCAUUGCCACACCCACAGCGCCCGGCACGCCGCAGCCCAGUCACAGCGCUAGCAGCAGCAGCGCAGCCUCGCAUGAGCUGAUUACGCAAAAAACCAAUGUGGCUGCCAAAUCGAACACUUCUUCAGAUCUUGUCGAGCAAUUUGCGCUACAGGAAUGGCUCAAUCCCAUGACUCAAAGCGAGAUUGAGUACGAGCAAAAGCGUCAACGUUCACAGUCGCUGGAUAAGGAGCGUCGGCAGCAGCUAAACUGGAUAGACACGGAGAUUAGACGAUUGCAGGGACUGCAGCAGCUGUUGGCACAAGCAGCGCAGCAGCAGCAACAGGAGCAGCAACCGACAACGUCAGAGCCAAGUUCAGUGCCAAGUCAAACAGAAACUGCUGCUACACCCACAACAACGUCAGAUGCAGUGCCAGCGCCGCCGCCACCGCCACCACCAGCAGCAGCAGUAACAGCAACUUUGCCAGCGCGCAGCAAGUUAGCCACGCCCACUUUAAGUAAUUCAGGCAGCAGCGAGAGCGUUUGCUCAUUUGUGCAGCAAAGGCAGCGUCAGUUCCAGGCGCAUUAUCAGAAUCAACAGCAGCAGCGACGCAAGCAGCAGCAACAGUUUUUGCAACAGCAGCAGCAGCAGAAACAACAACAACAGCAGCUGGCACAGCAGCAACCAGUCGUGCCUGUAGCUGCAACACAGCAAUAUAUGCAAAUGCAAUAUACGCAAACACAAGGACACGCCUAUAGCUGUCUGGACGACGGCGCAGUCUAUUAUCAUGUCGUGAAUACGCUAACACCAACAGCAGCAGCACGACCGAUAGCAACAGUAGCAGCCUGUGGCGGUGUCAACGGAAGCAGCAGCAGCACCACCACCACCUCCAGCUCAUCCAUGAUGUGCAUUAGCUCCGAAAUGUCCAUACCCAUGGCAGUGCUAAACACCUGUGAGGCUACGACAACAACAACAACCACAACUACGCAUCAAUAUGAUGAUGUUGCCUGUCAGCACCAACAGCAGCAGCGGCAGCAGCAGCAGCAAUCAACGCUGCCAGUGCGCAGCUACAGCAUGCAACAGCAUGUGGCAACAUUGCAGCUGCGUCCACGUGGCAUUGCUUAUGUUAUACAAUUCGUUAGCGCUGCAGCCGAUGCCGAAAUGUUGCCAGCUGCCUGCUCGUUGCAAGAUUACUUGCAACGCGCGCGUCCUCGCUUCUGUGCGCAGUCCAAGCAGCGCAAGGCUAUACUCAAUGAAAUGCAAAUGCUGCGCGCUGAGCGACGCCGCGAAAUGGACAAACUGCUCGAGUGCAGCAGCCUAGAGUCGCUUGACCAUCGUCUGGAGCUGCUGCCACCGCCUGCAACAUCUCGUGUGCGCAUCUUUACCACGCGAGAAAUGAAGGCGUUGACUAACAAGCGCUGCGAGAGCUUGCCCGAGGUGCUGGCGGCGCAGCAGCGAGCGCAUGAGGAGCGUCGACGUCGCAACAAUCGCUUGAUGCGCGAUCUAUUCAAUCGCCGCUUGCAGCAUCGCGUACGCAAAGGCAAACUAACGCUCAAUCACAGUCGCACCGUCAUUUAGCGUUGCUCCUGUGGUCAUCUGUAUGCCAGGACAGGAUUCAAGUACAAUCAACCCAACACUUAGCCAAAGCAGGCUGCCAUUUAUUUUUAUAUGCAUUUUUUGCGUUUUUUUUUUUUAUCUGUUUUAGACGUUAUUCAUAUAUUUUAUGAGAUCAAUUUUGCUUUAUUUAAGAGUUGAUAACAUUAGAGAUUAACAAUUUUGUAUGCA